AUGGGACAAGAACGCUACCCGUGUCUAGCAGCUGAUACAAUGUUCGCACUGUUGAUUUUCUUCACAAACACCAUUUCGAGACGCACUCGGGCAAAUCCACUAUAUUCAGUCUCCCGAUUAUCAAUACAAGAUACAAUUCUCGCACGCGGCCAGGAACUUACACCUCCAAUAAGCUUGGUCGAUCCACACCUCAGAGUCGAGGUUUGUCCUCGUAUUCUAGUAAUAAGGUUAGUGAAUGUGGCUGUACUCACGGCCGCCUUCUAUAUCGUACGGAUGGUCAAGGUUCUGUACAGAUGGACUUUCCAGCAUGUCACUACCAGCAAUACCCCGUACAUCUUGGAUUUCUGGAUCGCGGAGACAUAA